AUGCUAUAUACUAUUUUAUUUAAAUUAUUUUAUUUAAUGAUUUAUCUAUCUUAUUGCCAUACGAGACCAAAUAUAGUUUUUAUAUUAGCUGAUGACCUAGGUUGGGGUGAUGUCAGUAUUCAUGGGUCAACACAAGUGAGGACACCUAAUAUUGAUGUGUUGGCCAACAAUGGUAUUAUUUUGAACAACUAUUAUGUGUCGCCCAUAUGCACACCAUCCCGAAGUGCCCUAAUGACUGGCUAUCACCCCAUACAUACCGGACUAUAUCAUAAUGUCAUAUAUAAUACUCAGCCGUGGGGUUUGCCUCUAAAGUAUAAAAUUUUGCCGCAGUAUUUGCAGACAUUAGGCUAUGAGAGUCAUAUUGUUGGCAAAUGGCACUUAGGUUUCUUCAAAAGAGACUAUUUGCCGACAAACAGAGGUUUUGAUUCACAUUUUGGUUUCUGGACGGGACAUACAGAUUAUUAUCAACGGUUAUCGGGAGAUAAACCUCAAGGAUAUGACUUCAGAGAUAACGAAAAUCCCAUAGAUUUGUCUCAAUAUCAAGACAUGUAUUUGACAGAUAUUUUGACUAACAAAUCGGUUGACAUUAUCAACAAUCGGAAAGACCCGAUGCGACCACUAUUCCUGUUUGUGGCUCACAAUGCCGUUCACGCGGCACUCAAGAAAAACCCAUUACAGGCACCGCAACUAUAUAUCGACCGUUUUAAACACGUGUCGGAUAAACGCCGCCGUAAGUUCUGUGCAAUGGUCUCAGCUCUGGACGAUUCAGUAGCCGAUAUUGUGGCCGCACUGCAGGUCGCAAACAUUAUUAACAACACUAUCAUCAUAUUCUCUACAGAUAACGGUGCGGCCACUAAAGGCAACUCCGGUUGGAGUAUUGAUAAUAGUAUUGGAUCUAAUUGGCCAUUGAGAGGUGCAAAAUAUACACUAUUCGAGGGCGGGGUCCGAGGCUUUGCAUUUAUAUGGAGUCCACUACUUAAACGAAAAUAUAGGAGCGAACACUUGAUGCAUAUACAGGAUUGGUUACCAACUAUUUAUAGUGCCGCCGGCGGACAUACCAUGGAAUUGGGACCAAUUGAUGGCAUCGAUAUGUGGAAAGUACUUAAUGAUAAUCUGAAAAGUAAUCGCAAAGAGUUAUUACACAAUAUCGACAACUCAUGGAAUGUAUGGGCUCUAAGAAGUGGUAACUAUAAGCUACUCUACGGUCAAACAUUUGACGGCCAAUUCAACAACUGGUAUCAACCGCCAGGAGAAUCAAUUGUGGCCAACAAACAGUCGAUAGUAAAUUAUAAAGAGUCUAAUGUAUAUAAAUUGUUUGAAUCGAUGAGUUACAACAUAAAACCGAUGAAACAGAUUUUGAUUAAGUGUAACGCCAAACGUCAAUACCUGUGCGAACCCAAAGUCAAUGCCUGUCUGUUUGACAUUAGAUCGGAUCCGUGCGAAUACAACAAUCUCUAUCACCAGAAGCCCGAAAUUGUUCAAUCAAUGCUUAAAUUGUUAGAUAACUAUAACACAUCUAUUGUUAAGCCAUGCAAUCAACCGUAUGAUGAAAAGGCAGAUCCUAUCUAUCAUAACAAUUGGUGGUCUGUUUGGCAAUGA